GCGCAGCGUCAGAUUACUCUCUCCCCUUCCAUAUCACAAGUAGGAAAGCCCCUCUCUCUGCUCCCUCUAUAUCUCUCUGUAAUUGUACUCAUAAUUCACGUUCUCAUCUCUUCUUCUUCUUCUUCUUCUUCUUGUUUUUGGUUCUUCGCAUCUGUAAUCGCCAAACCCUCUCUAUAUAUAGGAUUCCAUUGGAAACCUUGUGUUUCCUUGACGAUCUGAUCUACACAAUUGAAGUUUAGAUUUUUGAUUUCGGUUUCUCCUCUGAUCCGUCUCACAGAAUGCCGUCCGUAUACGGAGCUCGAUUGACAACUUUCGAAGAUUCAGAGAAGGAAAGCGAGUACGGUUACGUUCGAAAGGUAUCAGGACCAGUCGUUGUUGCAGAUGGAAUGGCAGGGGCUGCUAUGUAUGAAUUGGUACGUGUUGGACACGACAAACUUAUUGGGGAAAUUAUUCGUCUGGAAGGAGAUUCUGCAACAAUCCAAGUGUAUGAAGAAACAGCUGGGUUGACGGUCAAUGAUCCUGUUUUACGAACACACAAGCCUCUGUCGGUGGAGUUGGGUCCUGGAAUCUUGGGGAAUAUAUUUGAUGGCAUUCAGAGGCCUCUAAAGACCAUCGCAAAGCGAUCUGGUGAUGUGUAUAUCCCUCGUGGUGUCUCUGUCCCGGCCCUUGACAAGGACACCCUUUGGGAAUUCCAGCCUAAGAAAAUAGGUGAGGGAGAUCUUGUAACAGGGGGAGACUUAUAUGCUACUGUCUUUGAGAACAGUUUAGUGCAGCACCAUGUUGCACUUCCUCCUGAUUCUAUGGGAAAGAUAACCUACAUUGCACCAGCUGGUCAAUAUUCAUUGAAGGACACUGUAUUAGAGCUUGAGUUUCAAGGUGUCAAAAAGCAAAUUACUAUGCUUCAGACUUGGCCUGUGCGAACUCCUAGGCCUGUUGCGUCAAAGCUUGCUGCUGAUACUCCUCUUCUUACUGGGCAGCGUGUUCUUGAUGCCCUUUUCCCCUCGGUUCUUGGUGGGACAUGUGCCAUACCUGGUGCAUUUGGCUGUGGAAAAACAGUCAUUAGUCAAGCUCUUUCCAAGUAUUCUAAUUCCGACACUGUCGUUUAUGUUGGUUGUGGAGAAAGAGGAAAUGAAAUGGCAGAGGUUCUUAUGGAUUUUCCUCAACUGACAAUGACACUGCCUGAUGGCCGUGAGGAAUCUGUUAUGAAACGUACCACACUUGUGGCAAACACUUCAAACAUGCCUGUGGCAGCUCGUGAGGCUUCAAUAUAUACAGGAAUCACCAUAGCUGAAUACUUCAGGGAUAUGGGCUACAAUGUUAGCAUGAUGGCAGAUUCAACAUCACGUUGGGCAGAAGCAUUGCGUGAAAUAUCUGGUCGACUGGCAGAGAUGCCCGCAGAUAGUGGAUAUCCCGCUUAUCUGGCAGCACGUUUGGCUUCAUUCUAUGAACGUGCUGGGAAAGUGAAAUGUCUCGGUGGGCCAGAACGUACUGGUAGUGUCACCAUUGUUGGUGCUGUUUCUCCUCCAGGAGGAGAUUUUUCUGAUCCUGUUACAUCUGCAACCCUCAGCAUUGUUCAGGUCUUCUGGGGUCUGGACAAGAAACUGGCCCAAAGAAAACACUUCCCUGCUGUAAAUUGGCUAAUUUCCUAUUCAAAGUAUUCAUCGGCAUUAGAAUCCUUCUAUGAUCAAUUCGAUUCAGAUUUUAUUGACAUCAGGACAAAAGCUCGUGAAGUGCUGCAGAGAGAAGAUGACCUUAACGAAAUUGUUCAACUGGUUGGAAAGGAUGCUUUAGCUGAAUCAGAUAAAAUUACCCUAGAGACUGCAAAGCUUUUGAGGGAGGAUUAUCUCGCUCAGAAUGCAUUCACACCGUACGACAAAUUCUGCCCUUUUUACAAGUCUGUUUGGAUGAUGCGCAACAUUAUCCAUUUCUAUAAUUUGGCCAAUCAGGGGGUGGAGCGAGGAGCUGGUAUGGAUGGCCAGAAGAUAACCUACAGCCUUAUCAAGCAUCGGUUAGGAGAUCUAUUCUACCGCUUGGUGUCUCAAAAAUUUGAGGAUCCAGCUGAAGGGGAGGAAGCUCUCGUGGGAAAAUUCAAGAAACUUUAUGAGGAUCUGACUGCAGGUUUCCGCAAUCUUGAAGAUGAAACUCGAUGAUCAACUUUUGAAUGCAAAAGUAACCAAAGAUUCAUUCACCCAGUGGGAAUUUUGAUACUGGGGGGAAGUGGAAGCUUUGCCCAGGUUGUUGCAUUGUGGCGUUAUGCGAGAGAAACAAAUGAGAUUUGGUAGUUUGAUGCUAAUUUUAUAGCAUUUUGGCCCUUGUUUUAUAUGGUUUGCUCAAGUCAUAUUUAUUUUGUUUAUCAGUUGUUCCCCCCUUAGGUUUGUCAAAAAUAAACAAGACUCGUUGUUUGCUUGUGAUUUUUUGUUGACACUUUGAUCCAAUAAAUUAUGUAGGAGUUUAGUAAGUUUAGUAUCUGAAUUCUUGUGUAUGGUUUGCUCAUUUGCACUCGGUGCAACAAAUUUGGAGAAUGAAGUUAAAAUAAUUUUUCA